AUGUCUGAAUCCUGCCUUUCCGACUACGUCCCCAAUUUUGAAGGUCAUAGCUUGACCAUCCAAGAGAAUGGAGUUCGUCGUAAAAUACGAUGUAUCCAGAAGAUUGGGAAGGGCGGAUGGGGGGUUGUCUACCGUGCCGAAGACAUUGACAAUCCUGGAAACUUCUACGCCGUAAAGGUGCUCGCUAUGCAUAGAAUGGACGCUGCGCAGAUUAGGCUCGUCAAGAAGGAAAUCAACCUGCACAGGCUAUGUGCUAAAGACAAUUCGUCGAACGUGGUUCAGAUCAUUUGCACAGUCUAUGACGAUGACUACCACUAUAUCGUUACCGAGUUCUGCGAAAAGGGGGAUCUCCGUAAGAACAUUUGGAGUAGCAGCUAUGUGCGAGACGACGAUGCUAUUAGGGAGAUAUUCCUUCAGAUCCUCGAUGCCAUCGAGUCGUGCCAUAGCUUAGGCGUAUUUCAUCGCGAUCUCAAGCCAGAGAAUAUUCUGGUUAGGAAGGACGGCAAGGUCGCUAUCGGCGAUUUCGGAUUCGCAACACGACGCAGAAGGUCUAAUCAACUCAACCUUGGCACUACGGCAUUCAUGAGUCCUGAGCUUUUCGGUGGGGUCUACGGCGAAGCGAGAUCGUACUCCACGCGUAGAGUCGACAUCUGGGCACUUGGUGUUACCUUGAUUGAGCUUAUCAUGCGUCGAGUGCCCUGGGAACAAGUCACGCUUCCUCAUGUGCAAGCCGUCCAUGCAGACAAAUUCGUUCGCAAGCGUAGGAUUUCUCGCGCUGCAAAUGACAUUAUUAAGGGCAUCUUCCAGCUCGACCCUGCCGAGCGACUUAGCAUCCCCGAAAUACGUAGGCGGAUUUGCAACGUGAAGACGUUUAGACCCGAGGGUCUGGUCAAGCGUGUUAAAAAUGCAAUCGUUGAACGCCGUGUCCGUGAAAGCUCAGAACGCAAGGCUGAGCCUCUUCGUGUCGUUAACGGCGCCGCUUCAAAUUCCUCAUCCAAGAGUGAAGCAGCUGGCAUCAGCAAGCUCAUCAACGAAUUCCCUCUACCACCAAAACAUUGUCCUCUGCCCCCAUCCUCAUCGCCCGAAAUCGGGUCGUUGUUUCUCUCCACCGACGGUACUCCCCGUGUACCCAUCGAUGUCGUGGAUAUUCCCGGGGACGAUAUGGCGGACGACAUCGCCGUUGUCAACGAAUCAAGUGAUAGCGAAUCCAGUGACAGCGAGUCGAGUGAUGGUGGAUCCAGUGGCAUCGUAUGCAAUUGCCGCGACUGUGGUGGUAACGAAUCUAGUGAUAGCGAUACAGACUCAAAAGGGCCUAUCACACCUGAGACGCAUGCAGUUGAUGAGCUUAACGAAGGAAAUACUGAGGAUUUCGGGGCAUUUGACCUUGCGGAUGCGAUUGCAAUUGCCCUGGUUGUAUCUGAUGACGAAGACGACCAAGUUACCGGAGACCAAGUUCCUGCACCAAAGAUGCACAACGAGCAGAAUGUUCAACCCGCACGGACGCAUCAGGAUACUCCUGGCAUCGCUGUCGACGUUGGUGUAGUGCAACAAGUUGCACCGAAACUACCACCACGAAACCCUGCUCGUGGAUCGCCCGGUCCAUAUCGCUUUGAAAUUGACUGAACAAAGCGGUGAAAACCUUCCGAAUCAAAAUUUCAUACUUCUUCUCUUCCAUACCCUUCUUCUCUGGAGACGUAUUACGCACGCGAGCCGGGAAAGACGCACACAUACCACGUUUCGUAAUAAUUCAAUCCAUCCCGCUCGAUUUCAGUCUUUGUUUCAUUAUCCAAAU